AUUCCCAUGAAAGGGGAACCAAUGCAGUUCGCAUUGUAAACGAGGAAAGUCGAAGGCCAAUAGUCUUGACUAAGAGAGAGAGAGAGGGGGGUCGGAAGAAGAACACGCAGCCUCGUUCCAUUUCCACUCUGCAACUCGCCGUCCAACCCGAGAGAUCGAGAUCGAGAUCGAGCCUCCAAAUGUGCUCUUUUUGAUCCAAACCCCAUAGAUUUCACGCCUUCUUGCUCGAAGCUUUCAGCGACCGGCGGUAGAGAUGGCGUGUUUUGGGUACGCGACGAAGACGAAGAAGAAGAAAAAGGGCGAGGCGGCGUCGGCGGGAAACAUGAGCCCCUGCAAGUCCACGGCGUCCGCGUCGCCGCGAAGGGGCAUACCCGACUUGUACCAGGAGAAGGCCCACAACCUGCGGGUCUUCGGGCUCGAAGAGCUAAGGAUCGCCACGAGCGGGUUCAACAGGAUGCUUAAGAUCGGGCAAGGCGGGUUCGGGAGCGUCUACAAGGGUUUCAUCAAACCUCCGGACGGGAAUGGCGACAGGAUGGCCAUCGCCAUCAAGAAGCUCAACCCUAAGGGACUGCAGGGGCAUAAGCAAUGGUUGACAGAAGUCCAAUUCCUUGGGGUCGUUGACCACCCAAAUCUCGUGAAACUUAUCGGAUAUUGUUCUGAAGACGAUGGAAGAGAAGCUCAUAGGCUAUUGGUCUAUGAAUUUGUGCCCAACAAGACGCUAGAAGAUCAUCUAUUCAACCGUGCUUAUCCUGUCCUUUUGUGGAACCGAAGAUUACAGAUAGCUUUAGAUGCAGCUGAAGGGUUGGCUUAUUUACAUGAAGGAUUAGAAGUUCAGGUAAUAUAUCGGGAUUUCAAAGCUUCAAAUAUUUUGCUAAACAAGGAAUUCAAGCCAAAAUUAUCAGACUUUGGCCUGGCACGGGAAGGACCAGAAGCAGGGCAUACUCAUGUGACGACAGCAGUAGUAGGAACUCGAGGAUACGCAGCUCCAGAGUACAUUGAGACUGGGCAUCUAACAAUCAAGAGUGACGUAUGGAGUUUCGGAGUAGUUUUGUACGAAAUUCUUACAGGUAGGCGAUCACUAGAGGUGAACCGUCCAAAGAAUGAGCAAAGGCUCCUAGAUUGGGUGCAGCAGUUUCCGAUUGACUCCAGGAGAUUUAGCAUGAUCGUGGACCCAAGACUGAGAAACGAGUAUCCUCUUCAGGCUGCACGCGAAGUUGCUAAGCUGGCCAAUAGGUGCAUUGUCAAGAACCCGAAAGCUCGCCCUUCAAUGAGCGAAAUUUCAAAGACACUGAGAACAGCAUUGCAAAUACAUUGAAUAAUAAUAAUAAUAAUAAUAAAAGUGGUACUCUCUAUUUAGAAUCAGAAAGGUGAAAAGUGAAGCCUUAGAUUGUGUGUGGCAAAGAGUAAUGUAGAUGCUGUGUACAAGAAUGUUUGAGUCGUCCAGUGCGUUUAUCCUUCACUCUCAAUAUAUAUAUAUUUAUAUAUAUUGCUCUCAUAAUUUAUGGAUGCGCCUAAUUCUUGAUGGAGUUAGGAAAGAAAUAAGAGCAGCUGUUUACUUAGAAGAAAAAGCUAAGGAUGAAAAUUCUGAUUCUUUGCA